AAAUUCAAAGAAGAAGAAGAGGGCGCUGAGAUCUUGGAUUCUAAAAUGGCUGUCCAUUAGCGGUUCAUAAGUAAAUAAAGAAAGAGCAAACACAUUGGCGGAAUUUGAACGAGAAUGUCUUCCCCAAAUUCGUUAAUAUAUAAUGCCAAAAAUGAAACACCUCAACUGAAUCCAAAUUCGGAAUUAGUAUCUGACCACACGCCAUCACAAUGGUGGAAAUAUUUGGAAUCCCCUAAUAGUAAAAGCAAUACUUCAACAAGAUCAAGACCUAAAAGCAUAAGUGCAGUAAUGACUAGAACUAAUGUUUUGGAAACGUCAACAUCUGAAUCAGAAAGAGAACAUAUUUUAAAAAAGAAAAAAGUUCAAUUAAAAGUAUCAAGAAGAAAAAGCAAUAGCAAUGCCUUUUUGGAUGUUUUCAAUAAUGCUAAAGUAUCUGUUCCAUUAAAAUUACGUAUGAAACAAAGAAAAUAUUCCAAUUUGCCUAACAAUUCAGAUAAAGAAGUUUCGGAAAAGAAGUUAGAGGAAAUUAAUCAUGAUUCAAGCUCAAGUCUAAGUCCAAGUAUUGUAAAAUUAAAGUCAAGUAUUUUUAAGAGAAAAAGUGGAGAAGAAACAAAAAGUCAUAAUCUCUUCCAAGAUAUAGUAAGAGAAAAUGAUAAUUCAGAUGUCAGGAAAAAAUCAGUUACAUUAGAAAAAAAAUCCAAUCAUUCAAUAUAUCAAAGUGUUAAUACAAAUAAGGAUCAUAUUGAUCAAAAUAUUAAUACAAGUAAAGAUCAUAUUGAUCGAAUAAAAACAAUACAAAUGUCAAAAACAUUAUCAUUUGAGAAUAAUGAAGCUGGCCCUUCAAAUUCAUCAAUUUCAACAGCAAUGCUUGAAAAUAAUGUUAUAUCUGAUAUUAAUAAGACUGUUGAAACUAGUAAUGAUAGUAAUAUUGAAGUUAGUAAUCGUAAACGUUUCAAAUUUAAAUCUCAUCUUAUGGAACGAAAUAAUACGGAUACAAAUCCUUUUAAAAGUGCUCUGGCUGAAAAUAGAGAUACAUCUUUGCUUGAACAUAAUCAGAACAAGGAGAUUGAUGUUCAUGAUGCAAAAUCUCUAAGAACAAAAUCAUUAAGUCCUUCAAAAAAGAGUGCUAAUAGACUUAAGAAAAAAACUGAUGUUACACUUGAAAAUGUGCUCUCAAGUUCACCUAUUCGUAGAAGUUUAAGAAAAACGACUAAAAAACAUUCAUUAGAUAUGUCAGCACAAGUCCAAGAUAACAAUGAACAAAAUACAAGUAAUUCAUCUUUGGACAAUGAUGAAUUUCGCACUAAAAAGCCUGCAUAUUUGAAGUUAAAAUCAAAAAUUUCACCUUUACGUAAAAAGAGUCUGAAUAAUCCAUUCAAGGACAUACUUAUGGAGGAUGGCAGUAUUAAUGCAAGAAAAAGUAAUAUUGCUAUGUCAGCUGAAGAUCAUCACAUUUCUGUUGAGCAAGAUAAAAUUACAACAGAAAAUAGCAAAGGACAUGAACAGGUAGUAAUGGAAAGAUAUUCACAAUCAAUGAGUCAUAUAAAUGAAGAUUUUGAAACAUCUCUUAAAAUAUCAUCAUCAAAUAAUGUGCGAAAUGUAUCUGAAAAACUUAAUGUGCAACCAAAAAAGAAAAAUAAAUUCUCAGAAAGUAACGUGAAUGUAUCAAAAUCUAGUUCACAGAGGAGCGUAAUAAGUGAAGACAAAUCUGAAGCAUCACCAAACAAGAAACAAAUUUCGUUUAGCCGCAACUCUAUAAGAAACAAAUCUGAAAUUUCAAAAGAACAUGCAAAUGUGAUGUCUACUGAUAGAACGAAUAUUAAUGAGAUGGAAACACGUAAAGCUAGAAGUGAUAAAUUGCUACGGCAAGAUAAAUUUUUUACAGCACAAGGUGCAUCUACAUCACACGUUCGGAACUUGUUAACAUCGCAAGUUGUCAAUGUUGAGGCUUUUGAGAAGAUUAAAGCGGAGGUAGACAAAUUAAAAACUCACGAGUUGGCCAGGAUAAGAAUAGCUGAUGAGAAGAAAGAAUCUGCAUCAAAAGCGACAAAUGUGAAACUCCUUAGUAAUAUGCGUAAACAACCUACUAAGAAAAACAAAUCUCCAAAGUUUGUUGAUAAGGCAUACCUAGUAAAUGGAAAGGUGUACAAACCACCAAGACUUCCUCGACCCAAACACUGGGUUACAGAUCAUUUCUAUAAGUUCUUGUGGAAACGUAUGGAGCCGAAAUAUCAAUUGUCGACUAGAAUGCGAUCCGAGAAAUUCGUGUUGCUGCUGGCCAAGAUAGUAUCCAUCAUCGAACGUCGUAAAAAGUAUCAGAAUUACAAAUUGGAAUUAGAAGCUCUGAUGAAGGAAAUGGCUCGUUUAAAUAUCAUCGGUACCCGUAAUGAUUUUUAUCAUUUUUGUCAGGAUUUUAUGCCAUACGAAUUUCGCGUUAAAGUUAUUCCUAUGUUAAUGCCUGGCAAUAAACAAAAUAUUCCUUUUGAGCCAGAAAAAUUGCACACUCCCUUGCUUGAAGAAACCUAACGAUUUAUCGCAAUAUGAUAAAUACGAAAAUAUGAUAAGAUAGAAUGUUAUGUAAAAUAUUUUUUGUUUAAGCUCCUAUUGUUCUAUAUGUUAUAUAUAAUUACAUCAAGAUUGUUAUAUAUAAUCAGUCUAUAAAAGUUAACAUGUAUAUAGCUAA